UUGAACGCUGUUGCUCAAAAUUGAGCGUUCAACAGCAACAUAAACUCGACUUUCCGACGUCUCAGAUCGUUUCAUCAACAUGUCCUCGUAUUGCAUUGACGACCUGCCCCCUGAGAUCCUCACCGCCAUUUGCUCACUUUUUCCUCGUCCAGACCUGCAGAGAGCUCGACUCACUUUCAGAAAGCUCAAUUCCACUGCAUCUCCAUUCCUUUUUAGAAUUGUUUUCUUGAAAGUCGGGAUUAAGAGCUUCAGAAGGCUUAAGAAUAUAGCAUAUGACUCUGUGCUUUCCAACUAUGUCCGCGUCAUCAGCUACGAUCCAUAUAAGAUGAAAAAUACAAGUGGAAGAGUCGCGGAAGAGACUGCCGGCCACGUCAAUAUGUUUGAACUGUGGAAAAUGUACGACUUGGAACGAGGCCUGCGAAAAGCUAGAUUUCCAGAUGACAAUAGAAAUGAACAUGCUCAUCGAUAUCUUUAGCAAGCUCCCUAUGCUUCAAUGCUUACAGUAUGAUUUGUUCGCAACAGGAGAGAUGCACAUCUACUCUGGAGAAGACAAGACUGCUUGGGAAGUGAGCACUUCUGCAGACGGAGAUACUUCUGCCAGCAGUAAGCGUCGACAGAGGCAGAACGAAAAUCGGCACCAGGAACUAGCUUUCUGGACACUUCUCCAUGCAGCAUAUGCUUCGUGUCGCACGGAGCACAUCAAAAAGAUAAAAGCAUCCGGCAUGGAUUUAAUGACUUGGGACCUAUUAGGUCGUAAGGCCAAUCCGGAAUCAAUGGUUCUCGCGAAUCUCACUGGCAUCGACCUUCAAUUCGAACACAGCUACGUAAAUGGAUUAUCAGAUACCUCACUCAGCCACAUAUUCUCGAACGCUCCAUUGCUGCAACAUAUAGCAGUGUCCUUCAAAUCUUUGGUGUCUACUUUGUACAGGUACAACCGACAUGCUCGGAUUUCCGAUUUCAUAUCAGAAACUCAAUGUUGGAAAGACUUAAAACAUCUUUCUCUUGAGCAUCUCGUAACCACUGAUGCCGAGCUUCGUAACCUAGUGACACGUCAUCGAAAUUCACUGCGAUCCCUAGAGCUUAAGCAUGUCUUGCUUCACUCAGGCGAUAGUAUCAUCCGUCUGGAUGAUGAUGCAGAAGACCCAAACGAUCGAAAGGGAAACGAAGAAGUAGGAUCUUGGCUCGACAUGAUCGAAUUUCUUCGUACCACCCUAUCACUAGACCGGAUGAGAUUCGGUGGAAUUCUGGCAAAUGGUCGUAAUGAGGCAUGGAAAGUUGGCCCUUCACUCACCAACAUCCCCCAAAUGCCACAGAGCUCUUUCCUGAAGCAAAGGAUCGAACGAUGUGUCUGCAAGGGAGGCACGAGUCCCAUCGAUCGUGUUUCUAGUGACAGAGUAAUGGCGGAGACCCCGAAAAAUCACAAAUUUGAUACCCGUGGCCUACAGAUACCAUACAUCUGGGAAGAUGAGACUUGGCGCUUAUCCGUUGUUGAGCUUCCAAGAAUACAUGAUCCCAACGAUCGGGAGCGCUUCUGA